AUGCCGUCUGCUUCCCUGCUGAGCAGCAACAAAGAUAAGACACCUCUCAUCGAUCUUGCUGCUGAUUCUCCCUCGCAGCAGCCGCUCCGCCGCCUGAGGCGCCGCCGCAGCAGCAGCAGUAGCAGCAGCAGCAGCAGCAGCAGCAACGGCAGCAGCAGCAGCUGCUACGAAGUAGACUGCGCCAGUAGCAGCAGCAGCAGCAGCAGCAGGGAGACUACACCACGAGGGAGGAAACACUUUGCACGGAGUGCAGCAAAACUCUCAGCAACCAGCAACAGCAGCAGCAGCAACAGCAGCAGCAACAGCAGCAAAGCUGCUUCAAGAAGCAGCAAAGCCACGAAAGCUGCAGCAGUGGGGGUGCGGCGUUCCAUCAGGAGCCUCUUCGUCGCCGACAGCAGCAGCAACAACAGCAGCAACAGCAGCAGCAGCAACAGCAGCAGCAGCAGCAGGAGCAGGAACCACAGCAGCAGGGGCAACAGGAGUAGCAGCAGCAACAAUGGUAGCAGCAGCAGGAGUCUCGUCGGUGUGGGGUUGCUUGCAACACAAGCUGCUGCUGCUGCUGCUGCUGCAGAACAUGAGGGAAGGACUUCAACAUGGCUGCGGCCGGCUGUGUCCCCCUUAAAGCCCUCAAAGGCUGCUGCUGCUGCUGCUGCUGCUGCAUCCACCAGCAGCAGCAGCAGCAGCAGCAGCAGUUUUUCGUGGUAUGAAGCAGCAGCUCCGAGUUGUGCUGAGGGCUUUCAGUUUGUUCAUCCUCCCGCUAAGGUAGCAAAGCUGAUUGAAUUCUUGCGUCCUUAUUCUGCUGCUGCUGCUGCUGCUGGCGGUGCUGCUGCUCCUGCUGCUGCUGCUGCUGCUGGGCCUCCGCAAGUGCAGCAGAGGCAGCAGCACCGCGUGAAGCGGCUAAAGGAAGACGAAGACCGCCGUUUAGAAAGCAGCUCGAUGGACGUCGAUGGGGAACCCCACAGCAGCAGCAACAGCAGCAACAGCAGCAGCAGCAGCAGCAGCAGCUGCAGGGCGUUGCCUCCUUGCAUCUGUGUGCUGCAGGGUCCCUCGGGGUGCGGCAAGCGGUGGCUGUUGAUGGCUGCUGCUGCUUCCUUAGGGUUGGAAGUUUUAGAGUUCGAUGAAGCUUCUGCUGCUGCUGCUGCUGCUGCACCUCCUGCAGCAGCAGCAGCAGCAGCAGCAGGGGGAAGCUGGUCCAAGGCAGCAGAGCCUCUGCCGCUGGGGGCUGCGCUCUUAUCGUUUCUCUCUGAGGCUCACAAACGUCGAGCCCUGCCCUUAGGCAGCAGCAGCAGCAGCAGCAGCAGCAAGAGCAGCAGCAGCAGCAAGAGCAGCAGCAGCAAGAGUGGGGCUGCUGUGGUUCUGUUGCGGCAGCUGCCGGCGACUCUGCUGCAGCGGUCUCCUUCCUUCACACGUCAGCUGCAGCAGCUGCUGCAGCACCGCUUGCAGCCUUACGAAGAGCCCCAGCAGCAGCAGCAGCAGCAGCAACUGCAGCAGCAGCAGCAGCAAGGCUGCGCACAGCCCCUUGUGGUCUUGCGGCUGCUGCAACGGACUCAGCAACAAACAGCAGCAGAUCUGAUGCAGCGCGGAUAUGCUGCUGCUGCUGCACGUGUUGCUGCAGCAGAUACAGCAGCAAUUGCUGCAGCAAGCAGAGGAGACCUGCGCCAGGCUCUAGGAAGUCUGCAUCUGGCUGCUGCUGCACCUGCUGCUGCUGCACCUGCUGCUGCUGCUGCUGCUCUUGCAGCACCGCAAACCCCUCCGCGGCGCGGAGGGGGGAGACAGACUGCUGCAUCAGCAGGAGCAGCAGGAGCAGCAGCAGCAGCAGCAGCAGCAGCAGCAGCAGCAAUUUGGUGUAAAGAUAUGCAGCUGGCCUCAUUUCAUGCCCUGGGGAAGUUCCUCUAUGGGAAGAGGCUUCCUUACUGCGCCCAGCAGCAGCAGCAGCAGCAGCAGCAGCUGCAGCAGCAGCAACAGCAACAGCAACAGCAACAGCAACAGCAACAGCAACAGCUGCAACAACAGCAGCAACAGCAGCAGCUUCAACAACAGCAGCAACAGCCGCAGAACUUUGUCUCGUUCCCUCACCAGGCUCUGUCGGCCACAGCAGCAACAGCAGCAGCAGCAACAGCAGCAGCAGCAACAGCAACAGCAGCAGCAGCAGCAGCAGCAGCAACUGGAACAGCUUCUUCACGAGGUAUUUGGGGGGGGAUGGUCUGGGCUCCCGUGAGUUGUAAGGCACCUGCUGCUGCUGCAGCAGCAGCAACAGCUAUGCCUUCCUGCAGCAGCAGCUGCUGCAGCACAGCAGCACCAAAUCCGUCUGUCGCUGCUGCAGCAGCGGGUGAGGCCUUCUCGGACGAUGACCUUGAGGAUCUGUUGGCAGCAGUUGAGGAGCAGCAGCAGCAGCAGCCGCUGUUGCAGCAGCAGCAGCAGCCGCUGUUACAGCAGCAACAGCAGCAGCCGCUG